AUGGUCACAAAUCUUUGCCGCGUACUGAGACAAGCUGCAGUUAAUAAUCAAUCCACAUUGCUAUUACUUAGAACUUUCACUUCAUGGUCAUUUGCCAUUCAAAAUGCAAAAUCACCUCAACGAGCUUUAACACUCUAUACCCAAAUGCAGCGUCAAGCCAUUCCUUUCGACAGUUUCGCCAUUCUUUUUACUCUUAAAUCAUGUACUCAUUUGGGCAAUCUUCCUAUCAUAUGCCACCUCCAUGCCCAUAUACUCAAAUUGGGGUUUAAUAACCACGUCUACGUUGCGACGUCUCUAUUGAAUGCGUAUGUUGGGAGUUCGUUUGAGUAUGCUUGCAAGGCGUUCGAUGAAAUGCCUGUGAGAAGUAAUGUUACGUGGAAUACGAUGAUAACUUGCUUUUCUCGAUCGGGGGAUGUUGAAAGAGCGAGGGAGAUGUUUGAUGAGAUGCCUGAAAGAGAUUUAGCGUCGUGGUCGGCGAUGAUUGCUGGGUACAUGAAUAAUGGGCAUUGGAAGGAAGGCGUGAGGCUGUUUCGGGAAAUGGUGAUGUCGGAGCAAUUAAUGCCGGAUCAAGUGACCAUUGGGCCGAUAUUGGCGGGGUGUUCCGAGAUGGGUUCGACUGGGUUGGUUCUUGGGAAAUCGGUGCAUGGUUUCGCGGUAAAGAAUAAGUGGGAAUUGAAUGUGGAACUUGGUACUUGUUUAGUAGACAUGUAUGCUAAAUGUGGCUUCUUGAAUUUUGCUUCUUUGGUUUUCGAUAUGAUGAAAGAUAGAAAUGUGGUGACUUGGACUGCUCUAAUUUGUGGAGCAGCCAAGCAUGGUUUUGGAACUGAAGCGUUGGAGAUAUUCAGGAAAAUGAGACAAGGGGGUGUGGUACCUAAUGAGUUUACGUUCACUGGGGUACUAAGUGCUUGUGUACAAGUGGGGUUGGUCGAUGAAGGUCGUGGAUACUUCAAAAUGAUCAAAGAGUGUGGACUGAGACCAACGAUUCAGCAUUAUGGCUGCAUGGUUGAUUUAUUUGGGAAAGCUGGAUUGUUAGGGGAAGCGUAUGAAGUGAUCAAUACUAUGCCACGACAGCCUAACGUAGUUAUUUGGGGUUCCUUUUUGUCAUCUUGCAAGUUGCAUAAACAGUUUGAGAUGGCGGAGAGAGUGAUUGAGAGGGUCAUGAAUAUGGUGAGGCCAGAGAAUGAUGGAGGGGUUUAUUCCCUUAUUUCAGACUUGUAUGUUCUUGAUGAUAAAUGGGAGGAUGCCGAGAGGGUGAGGCAAUUGAUGCUCCAUCAUAAUGUGAGGAAAGCUAGAGGAUCUAGUUUCAUAAGAAAUAAUACAACGUGA